AUGACUGAUUGCCUUUCUUAUUUCUCUAAAUCUCUGGCUAAAAUUAAUCCUAACAAGCUCUUUGUAAUUCCCAGCUGGAUCCCAAAGUUAUCUGAUCCUGAAGUUCAAUUUAACCUCGACCCCCCGACCUAUCAACAAAUUACGAAUGUUAUACGCAAAAUGAAAUCGUCUGGUUCUCCUUGCCCUCUUGACCAACUUUCUAUAAUAAGUUUCAAGCAUUGUCCUUAUCUGAGAACUUACCUUACUGAGCUAAUUCACGAUAUUUGGCUAUCUGGAACUGUCCCAACUGAGUGGAAAAGAGCAUGUACCAUACUAAUCCACAAGAAAGGCAACAAUAAUGACCCUUCAAAUUUCCGCCCCAUAACACUCGAAUCCAUACCUUUAAAAGUAUUUACAUCUUGUCUUCGAAACGCAGUAUACUCCUUCCUCGCAUCUAAUAUCUUCGUCGAACACAACAUACAAAAAGGCUUCACCCCUAACCUAUCUGGCACUCUAGAACAUACUGCACAAAUGGCUGACAUUAUUAAUAAAGCUCGGAUCAGACAACGCUCUGUUGUCAUCACCCUACUUGAUCUCACCCAACCUCAUCCAAUCC